AGAGAGAGAGAAAGAAAGAAAGAAAGAAAGAAAGAAAGAAAGAAAGAAAGAAAGAAAGAAAGAAAGAAAGAAAGAAAGAAAGAAAGAAAGAAAGAAAGAAAUGAGGUCCUGGAGAUCCCAAGGCCGAAGGGAGAAAGUGGGGCUGUUUUAAAAGAAUUCGGAGCAAACAUCCCUGCUGGUGGAACGUUGCCAAAUUGUCAAAGUGGAGAAGCGGCUUUUUACAGGAAGUGGAUUAUUUUAUGGAGACGUCCAACCUCUCCCCCAUCUCAAAAAAUGGGGACUAUUGAAAUAAAACCCAGUCUUCUUGUUGGCCUUUUGUUCACUUUGACACUUUUGUGGCACAAGGCAGGUGCCCAAGAAAAUAUACGUUGGGAAAUUCAACGUUAUGAUGGCUGGUACAACAACCUCAUGUAUCAUAAACACAACUCAGCAGGUUCACGGUUAUCACGUCUACUUCCUGCUAAUUAUGCAGAUGGGGUAUACCAGGCCCUGCAAGAACCUCAUGUACCCAAUGCCCGCAGGCUUAGCAAUGUGGUGGCCCAGGGGGAUUCAGACCAACUUUCUCAGAAAAAUAGAACGGUGCUUGGAGUCUUCUUUGGCUUCCACGUGCUGGCCGAGAUUUCAGAAGCCAACAAUCCGGGCUGCCCAGCUGAAUUCCUCAACCUGCAGAUCCCUCCAGGAGACCCUGUCUUUGACCCCAGCAAUUCUCAAGAGGUUGUCCUGCCUUUCCAGCGGAUGAGUUGGGCUGCAGGAACAGGACGAAGCCCCAACAAUCCCCGGGAGAUGAUAAAUGGGGUGACUGGCUGGUUAGAUGGAAGUGCCAUCUACGGCUCUUCACAUGCCUGGAGCGAUUCUCUAAGGAGUUUCUCCCAAGGAAUGUUACUUUCUGGAAAGAAACGUGGCUUCCCAAAGCAAACGGAAGAGAACAGCUUAAUGUGGAAGGCUCUCGACCCAGCUACAGGGAAGGGUGGACCCCAAGGCAUCUUCGAUUUUGGAAAUGCCAGAGGAAAUGAAAACAUCUUCCUCCAAGCCGUGAGUAUCGUGUGGUUCCGCUAUCACAACCACUGGGCAGAGAAACUGGCCCAGCAGAACCCCGGCUGGUCGGAUGAGGACUUAUUCCAACAUGCUCGCAAGAGAGUCAUUGCCGUUUACCAGAAUGUCGUGUUUUACAAGUGGCUGCCCAUCUUUUUGGAGAAGACGAGCCUCAGACCUUAUGAAGGUUACAAGCAGCAUGUGGAUUCUCGGAUCUCUCCGGAAUUCCUUGUGGCUUCUGCACUCUUCCUUGGCACUAAAGUCCCAUCUGGAGUCUAUAUGAGGAAUUCAGAUUGUUCUCCCCGAAAUGUGACUGACAUAAAUGGACAGCUCUCUCCAGCCCUCCGCCUAUGCAACAACUACUGGAGCCGGCAGAAUCCUAACAUCCAGACAGCCGAAGAUGUAGAUGAUCUUCUUCUGGGAAUGAGUUCUCAAAUUACCAAGAAAGGAGACAACACCGUGGUCGAAGAUCUCCGAGAUUACUGGUACGGGACGGUGAAGUACUCUCGAAUGGAUUUCGUGGCGAGUUGGAUCCAGCGAGGAAGAGAUCUUGGACUAUCUACCUAUAAUAAAGCCAGAGAGUUCUUUGGACUUCCGCCUGCUAAAAACUGGACAGAUAUUAAGCAGAUGAACCAAACGAUCCUUAAAUUAACCGAAGAACUGUAUGGGAACAGCCUUGAUAUCCUGGAGCUGCUCCUUGGAGGGAUGCUGGAAGAGGACGAGAGCCUUUUCCGAGCCAUCAUUGAGGACCAGUUUGUUCGCCUACGAGAUGGAGACCGAUUCUGGUUUGAAAACCCCAAGAAUGGACUAUUCACUUCUGAAGAGAUUGUGACCAUUAAGAACACAAGCCUCUAUGAUGUCCUUGCUGCUGUCAUGUACACAAAAAAUAUCCCAGAAAACGUGUUCAUUUUUAAUGCCACAGAUGAUCCAUGCCCCCAGCUCAGGCAGGUGCGCUUGCAGAGCCUCCCUUCCUGCAAACAGAUGACCGUCAUAGAUUACUUCAAAGGAAGCGCUGCCGGUUUUGGAAUCCUCAUCGCUGCCCUGUGUUGCCUGCCUUUAGUGAGCCUCUUCAUUGCCUGGAUUGUUGCUUUUUUCCGGAGGAGAUCUUUCCGUAAAUUACAGAAGAGGCAAAAUCCCACCGCUCAUCCAGAUGUAUCUGCUGAGGGAACUCAAGCGCUUGAAUGGCAUGGUUUCAAGACAGAAAGUUCACUUGUCUACAUCCAACUGAAGGAAGACAAAGUGAUCAAAGUGCUUGAUGGUAAGCUGGCUGUGGUUCGCAGCAUAACCCUGAGAAGCCAGCAGAAAGUGGAGACCAUCAUGUCCAACAACAGAGGCAACAGGACUAUACUUCUGAAGAUUCCUAAAGAAUAUGACCUGGUGCUGCUGUUUAAGGUAGAAGCAGAAUGCAGGGACUUCCUCGGACUUCUGAAAACCUAUUUGGAGAAAAAUGAAUUGUCUCUCCAAGUGUCCAUGAUGAGUGAACAGCACCUGCUGAAAAAGGCAGUAACCAAAGAGCAGAGAAAAGAAAUUCUGGAAAUUUUUUUCCGGCAUUCAUUCGCUCAGGUUCUAGACAUUGACAGAUUAAACGCUGGAGAACUCAGUUUGGAAACAUCUCAAAAGGCCAAGGAAGCCUUAAAGUGUGAACUGAGCCGCGCAGAGUUUGCUGAUGCACUGGGUCUCAAACCCCAAUCUGUGUUUGUGGAGUCCAUGUUCUCUCUCGCUGACAAAGAUGGCAAUGGGUAUCUCUCCUUUCGGGAAUUCCUGGAAAUCUUGGUGGUUUUUAUGAAAGGAUCCCCCCAGGAGAAGUCCAAGCUGAUGUUUGCCAUGUACGAUAUUGAUGGAAACGGCUUCCUUUCAAAGGAUGAAUUCUUUCGGAUGCUGAGAUCCUUCAUCGAGAUCUCUAACAAUUGCCUCUCACGGGAUCAGACCGAGCAGGUUAUCGAAUCCUUGUUCAAAGAAUCAGGAUUCCAGGAUAAGGAAGAGCUCACCUGGGAGGAUUUUCACUACAUGUUGCGGGAUCAUGACAAUGCACUCCAGCGCACUCAACUGUGCAUUAAAGGACUUCCAGAGAGACUCAAACUCAAUGAAAUCAAUCGUGUGUCCUUCAUUCACAAGGAUCGAGAUAACAAUUUCCUCCUAACUCGAGAUAAUCCUCUGAUCCUGGGUUCAGACUGGCUACCUGGGGAAGGAACAGGACAAGACGUACGGAAAAGACAGGGCAAAAAAUUGGUUUUCCCAGAACCUCAUCUGUACACAGAGGCACGGAGGGAGCGGUACGAGAGGAACAAAGUCCACCAGAAGAUCCAGCAGUUCAAGAGGUUCAUUGAGAACUUCAGGCGCCACAUUAUCUGCGUGGUGAUAUUCUCAGCCAUCACCGCUGGCGUCUUUGUAGAAAGGGCAUAUUAUUAUGGAUUUGCAUCGCCACCCACUGGCAUUGCUGACACCACCUUUGUGGGCAUCCUGAUCUCUCGCGGGGCUGGCGCCAGCAUCUCCUUCAUGUACUCCUUCAUCUUACUCACCAUGUGCCGAAACCUCAUCACGUUCUUGCGAGAAACCUUCUUCAAUCGCUACAUCCCUUUUGACUCUGCCGUGGAUUUCCACCGAUGGAUCGCAACAGGAGCUUUGAUCUUCUCAGUUUUGCACACCUUGGGCCACAUUGUGAAUGUCUACAUCUUUUCGGUGACCCCUCUCAGCAUUCUGUCAUGCCUUUUUUCUCACGUAUUUACGAAUGACGGAUCACAAUUUCCUCCCAAAUACUACUGGUGGUUCUUUGAGACAGUACCAGGCAUGACCGGCGUGCUAUUACUGGUCAUCCUUGCGAUCAUGUAUGUAUUUGCCACUCAUUAUUUCCGACGAAUCAGCUUUCAAGCAUUCUGGAUCACCCAUCAUCUCUAUGUGGUUCUCUACAUUCUGGUGGUCAUUCAUGGUAGCUACGCUCUGAUCCAACAGCCUCGCUUUCAUAUUUACUUCAUUAUCCCAGCACUCAUCUAUGUAACAGAUAAACUCAUCAGCCUUAGCAGAAAGAAGGUGGAAAUCAAUGUCAUUAAGGCUGAGCUGCUCCCUUCAGGGGUCACCAACCUGCAGUUCCAGAGACCCCAAGAUUUUGACUAUAGGUCUGGACAAUGGGUACGGAUUGCAUGUUUGUCACUGGGGACCAACGAGUACCAUCCUUUCACUCUGACAUCUGCUCCUCAUGAAGACCAGCUCAGUCUGCACAUCCGAGCAGCUGGACCUUGGACAACUCGCCUGCGGGAACUCUACUCACAAGAAAGCAUAGAAGAGAUUGGCAAAUAUCCCAAGCUCUAUCUUGAUGGCCCAUUUGGAGAGGGUCAUCAGGAAUGGAACAAAUUUGAAGUGUCGGUCCUUGUGGGUGGUGGCAUCGGAGUGACCCCGUUUGCCUCCAUCCUUAAAGACCUUGUCUUCAAGUCUUCCGUUGGCUCCAGGAUCCUGUGUAAGAAGAUCUACUUCAUUUGGGUAACCCGUACACAACGGCAGUUUGAGUGGGUGGCCGACAUUAUCCGUGAAGUGGAGGAGAACGAUCAACGUGACUUGGUCUCCGUCCACAUCUACAUCACCCAGCUGGCUGAGAAGUUUGAUUUGCGCACCACCAUGCUAUACAUCUGUGAACGUCACUUCCAAAAGGUCCUCAACCGGAGCUUGUUCACAGGCCUGCGUUCCAUCACCCACUUUGGACGACCACCUUUCGUGCCCUUUUUCUGCUCCUUGCAAGAGGUUCAUCCUGAGGUCCGGAAAAUUGGUGUUUUCAGCUGUGGCCCACCUGGCAUGACCAAGAAUGUGGAGAAAGCAUGUCAGAAAAUCAACAAGCGGGACCAAGCUCACUUUAUACAUCACUAUGAGAAUUUUUAGUCAUUCUCUUUCUAAGACUCUGUUGCUCUGUGGUGAGGAUAGAGUAUAGAAGUCACCGUUGCCUGUGUUCCUUUCUUUCUGUCAGCUGGGAAGGAGGAGAAAAACAGCCUCAUUUUCAACAAGGUCGUGGACGAUAUCUUGUAAAUGUUUAGAAAGCCAUACUUUUUGUCCUGUCAAGAACUUUAAUUGAGGUCUCACGGUUGACAAUGAUAAUCGAGAAGCCAUCUUUGGCCAACCCCUGCAGUCUCAAGUCUGCACAUCUUGGAAGAGUAGUCUGAACAACUACAAAAACAGAAUGAUAUGAUAUCAUUGACACUAAGGCAGCCCUUCCAUUACAAGUGCAGACUGGUUCAGCAUUAACAGGUGACUAAACACCCUAGAUUACAGCUUUGUAGCACUCCCUGUCAAUUAUUUAUUCAACAUUCCUCAAUCCACUCCAACAAUUAUAGUCCCUAAGUUGGACAGAGAUGAGUUAUUCUUCCCUUUAACCCAAUUUAACCUCACUGUUUAUCAUGGUAAGCUUAAACAGUGUCUUGUACCUUGAGUUCUAGUAGCAUGUUUGGACCUGUUGGAUUUAACUUAGAGGGAACUCUGAUUUUACAGGUGACAUUGGCCACCAUGAAGCAGCCAUGAUGGAUAGAUACUAUAAACAUAGAGUGGAAAAUCCUAUAUAGAAGUAUUUGUCUCUGGGGAUCAGAUGCUGGGUCAAAUAAAGGUUACCCAGCAUGCUGGGGAAUUCCACGCGUUGAGGUCCACACAUCUUAAAGUCUAUGGUGAUUCUCAGUCAUCCGUCAUGGUUGCCUCAAGGUGUUUUUCAAGAGGCAACUGUUUUUCUUUUAAGAUGUUUCACUUCUUAUCCCAGAGGUUUCUUUUGAAGAACUGAAGAAGCUUCUUGAAUGAGAAGAAAAAGGUCUUCAAGGAAAAACAAAGAGAGUCCAGUUGCCUCUUGAAAAAGCUUCUUUGGCCCAUCUUAAAGUGUUUGAGGUUGAGAAACACUACUCCAGAGGACUGUUUUUUCAACUCUGCAGCUUAACUCACACUCCUGGAAUCAUUUAAUAGAUUCCCAUUCACGUACUAACCAUGUUUAGCCCUGCUUAGAUCAAAAGAUACGGUAGAUGUUUUCUUUUUUCUCUUCUACCUUUCCAAACAGUUCUUUUUGUGAAAGGAGGGGGAAAAUGGGGAAGUUGCAAGUGUUGUUGUAUCUGCACACUGUAAAAUGUUGAGGAGGUAGUAGGCUUUAUGCACUGAAGUUUAAUGCAGACGCUAACUCAGAAAAUGUAGCUACUAAUAUAGAUUAGAACUUGACUGCUGUUGUGCUGUAUCGCUGAAGGUGGUAGAAAUCACAGCAUCAGAGAAUUCUUAAUGGAGCAAACUCGUCAUGGAGCAAGGUCUUGAUGGAGUCUUUCAAAGCUUAGUUGAUUCCUUCAAGAUUUGUUUUAUUCACUUUGGCUUAGCUGAUGGAAUACAUUAAGUAUAUGUACGUUUGUACGCAGUGCUUAUAUUAAACAAUUAUUUCAACUGAAA